CCAUGAUGAGUGAUCAGUCCCUUCCUGAACCUCUUCACUUCAGCAGUGGACUGGUCCCAUCAGAACUAGAUGUAUCAGCUGGAUGGGUGUUGUGUGAUGCUUGCACUGACACAGCUGUGAAGACCUGUCUGACCUGCAUGGCCUUCUACUGUGGGAGUCAUGUGAAGGACCACUACACAUCUCCAGACCUGGAGAGACACCAGCUACAGGAUCUUCCGCAUCAGGACCGCUGUGAACAGCAUAACAAGAAGCUCAAGUUGUACUGCAGGACCGACAAAUCAGCUAUCUGCUUCCGCUGCUUACUUCACAAUCAUAAAGGACAUGAUGUCAUCGAGCAGAACCCUCAAGGGACUCAAUCAAAGUCUUUAAUCGGACAUGGUGCUCCUCCUCCUGGGCAGAUCGAGUUCACCUCAGUGAAACCCGACUCAGUGACUGUCAGCUGGUCACCACCAGAAGGCGCUCCUGGGCCCCACAGGUACAGAGUGACCAGGAGACGAGGCCAAGAGCAGCGCAGCAUCACAGUGGCAGGUUUGAGUCUGAAGGUAACAGAUCUGAUUCCAGGAGAGACAUCACUUCACUGUGGCCACCCUCAGUAAAGAUGGACACCAGGGCACAUGUGUGGAGAGAUCUGUACACACAGAGGUUCCUCCACCAGAGAAUAUCAAAGUGAAUCUCAGCUCAAUGACAGCCUUUCUGACAUGGACUAAACCAGCUGGAGUGGAACAGGUAUCUUACCUACUGGAACUCUGCAGAGAUCAGGAACCCAUAGACACCAUUCAGACAAACUCCCACCAGUACACCUUCACUGGCCUGCAACUUGGAGCAGACUACACCAUCAGCGUAGUCACUGUACUGAACAGUGGCAACCAAAGCAGACCAACCUAUAAAACCUUUAAAACAGGUAGUCCAGCCACUUAUCACUUUAGAAUACUGCGUUGCUAAGCUACGCGAGUUGACCUGCAGUUACAAAUAUCUGGACAACAGAGACAUAGACAGAAUCAAAGAUUCUAGAGCACUCCGUCAUGGGCCAUG